AUGGACAUGCCUGGUCCAAGAUGGAAGAAGGGCAAAGACGGCAAGGAUUUCUCAGCUCUGGCAGCAGCCCAGCCCAUGUCAAGCAUUGUUGCCAAGCUCCGGUCUUCACUGAAAGAAUCAAAAGUUGUGGCAACUUUAUCUACCGGGGGCGGGGAUGCGGUUCUUGCCGUGAACCCGCAGCAAGCCGCGCUUCUGAACCGUGCCGCCUUUGGCCGGGCACUGGAAAACGCCGGAGCCGAGAAGCAGUGGUUCCAGCUGGGCGCCGAGGAGGUCUUCUACCUUCGCCAUGCUUUGGAGUGCAUCGUGGUCGAGUCGGCGAGCAAGGACCUGAUGAGCCAAGGGGAGCUGUGGGAUCGCCUAUGCUCCGCAUCAGAGUCGUUUCCCGAGAUGUACAAGGCAUACUCGCAUCUCAGGUCGAAGAACUGGGUGGUGCGGUCAGGUUUGCAGUAUGGGACGGAUUUCGUCGCUUACCGUCAUCACCCGGCGCUCGUCCACUCGGAGUUUGCUGUGGUUGUGGUUCCGGAAGGAUCGGGGUUCGGCGGUAGGUGUGGCCGCCUGAAGGUGUGGUCUGAUCUACUGUGCGCACUCCGAGCUUCUGGCAGUGUGGCCAAGACACUGCUGGUCCUGACAAUCUCCAGCAAUGUCUGUGAACUGAGAUCCCCAGAUUGUUUGGAACAGCUGGUUGUUCAUGAAAGAACUAUUACAAGGUGGAUAGCCCAGCAGUGCCGUGAGCAGCGAAGUAAACCGUGCAGAGAAGAAGCAUACAAGGAAGAACAAGAUCACACAGGAGAAACUGUUGUUUUCAACUAUUGGGGUGUAAUACUAGGCUUCACAGUUCUUUCUAGCCUGCUUGUAUAUCUGAGAUUGCGACAGUAA